AUGGCUCCGAAUGUUGAUCCUGCAAUAAUCGAGGCUCUCAAGCUCGACCCCGAACAGACCAAGAUAGCGUCACACGGCGCAUCCGGAUUUGCGUCAUCGUUCAAGCUCACGUCCGUCGUUGAUGGUCAGCCCACCAACUUCUUUGUCAAGACCGGCUCUGGGAAAGAUGCGGAAGUCAUGUUCACAGGUGAACAUGAAUCGCUAAACGCGAUUCACAAUGCCGUCCCGAAUUUCUGUCCCAAGUCGUACGCCCACGGGCAGUAUCAAUCAUCACCCGGCAAAUACUUCAUGGUCACGGAUUUCCUGGAUCUCGGUUCGUCGGCGUCGGGCGGUUCUGGGCUCUCCCUGGCAGCGAAGCUUGCCAAGCUGCACACGACUCCGGCACCGAUCCCGGAAGGGUUCGAUAAGCCCAUGUACGGAUUCCCCGUGACAACGUGUUGCGGAUCGACGCCUCAAGACAACUCUUGGAAGGAGACGUGGGCCGAGUUCUACGCCGAAAACAGGUUACGCAGCAUCCUGCGCGCCGGGAUCAAGAACAACGGUUCGGACGGGGAACUGUCAAAGGCCGUGGAGACGGUAGCGAGCAGGGUCGUCCCGCGGCUGAUCGGCGACGACCACGUCAAGGGGAUGAAGCCGGUGGUGAUCCACGGCGAUCUCUGGAGCGGGAACCACAGCCGGGGCCAGAUCGCCGGGAAGGGCGGCGCGGAGGAGGUCGUCUACGACUCGUCGGCCGUGUACGGGCACUCCGAGUACGAGCUGGGCAUCAUGAAGAUGUUUGGCGGUUUCGGCGGCAGCUUCUGGAACGAGUACAACAAGCUGGUUCCCAAGGCGGAGCCGAAGGAGGAGUGGGAAGACAGGGUUGCGUUGUAUGAGUUAUAUCACCACCUCAACCAUUAUGCGAUAUUUGGCGGGGGAUACCGGAGUGGAGCGAUGGGUAUCAUGAAGAAGCUGAUUUCGAAAUACGGCUGA